CUCCUCGGCGAGCCUUUCCCUUUGAUUCCUCCGUUGCUCUCUCUACUACGCGUGGGACAUGAGGGAGACGGGCGCGACGGAUGAGGGGCACGCGUGCGAAGUUGUAGUAGCCGGAGGUGACGGCAAGGCCGCGGCGGCACGCCGGCGCCGACGUCUCGAGCUCCGGCGGCUCGGGCUGGCGGCGGAGGAUGAUGCGGCGGCGAAGAGAAUCCGGUCGGUGAAGGACGGGUCGUCGUCUGAUGACUCGUCGACGGAGGUUGUUCCCCGGAGCUGGCCGGCGUGCGUGUCGCACGGCUCGGUGUCGGUGAUCGGGCGGCGGAGGGAGAUGGAGGACGCGGUGGCCAUCGAGCGGACGUUCAUGGCUUCGACGGGGGAUGGUGCGGGCGCUAUCAGGGGCGGCGGGGAGGGCGAGGAGGACUUCUUCGCGGUGUACGACGGCCACGGCGGGUCGCGGGUGGCGGAGGCGUGCAGGAAGCGGAUGCACGUUGUGCUCGCGGAGGAGGUGAGCCUGCGGCGGCUGCGGGGGCAGAGCGCGUCGGGCGGCGACGUGCGCUGGAAGGAGGCGAUGUUGGCCAGCUUCGCGAGGAUGGACGGCGAGGUCGUCGGGAGCGUCGCCGCCGCCGCCCCCCGCGUCGACGGCACCGAGCCGUCGGGGUUCAGGACGGUGGGCUCCACCGCCGUGGUCGCCGUCGUGGGACGCCGCCGCAUCGUCGUUGCCAACUGCGGCGACUCGCGCGCCGUGCUCUCCCGCGGUGGCGUCGCGCUGCCACUCUCCACUGACCACAAGCCAGAUCGGCCUGACGAGUUGGAACGAGUGGAAGCAGCUGGAGGCAGAGUCAUCAACUGGAACGGUUACCGUGUCCUUGGUGUUUUAGCCACUUCUAGAUCCAUAGGCAUCUCGAAUUUCAGGCGACUACUACCUGAAGCCGUUCGUGAGCGCAGAGCCGGAGGUGAGGGUGGUGGAGAGGACGGACAAGGACGAGUUCCUGAUCCUGGCGAGCGACGGGCUGUGGGACGUGGUGUCCAACGAGGUGGCGUGCAAGAUCGCCAGGAACUGCCUCAACGGCCGCGCGGCCUCCAUGUUCCCGGAGUCCGUCUCCGGCAGCUCGGCCGCCGACGCCGCGGCGCUCCUCGCCGAGCUCGCCGUCUCGCGCGGCAGCAGGGACAACAUCAGCGUCGUCGUCGUCGAGCUCAGGCGGCUCAAGAGCAGGGCAGCUUGAGCUUCGACAUCAUCCGCGAUGGAGGCGGCACGUCGCUACUAAUUAAUAAGCUACUAGUAGCUCCCUGUACAUUACGUCGAUGAUACUAUUAAUUUGGGCAUCGCGCGGCGAGACGCCGGAAUUAAACGGUUCCGGCGAUGAAGGUUUCGAUUGAGAAGAGAUGAUCGAUUCUGUGGUUUGUAUAGAUGUAGUAGUCGGAUGUGUUGGACUCUCGGGUCUGAUAAUUAUAGCAUCCAAUGCAUGCACUGUUAGAUCUUCAGUUAAUUAUUUCUUGCUGCAUCGUGCGGUGAGGUAAACUGGCUUACGUUCAUGCCAUCUCGCAGAGCCGCUAUGUCACACAGGACCCAGAAGAGACCUCGCAUUGCCUCCUUGGUCGGUUAGUUGGGCCGGAAUCGGUAGCCCAACACAAAGCCCGUGGGUGUUAGGCCCGUGGGUCGAACCAUUUGCAUUCUACUGCGUUGUAAGCUUGAAUUUCUUGAUGCAUUUAUGGAUGAAAUAAGUUCACUUUAGGUUC